GGUACUAGUCUAGUAGAGAAUUGUGGGAUAUCAGGUAGAAAUGGCGAGUUGCUGGAGGAGAAUAACUUCGCUGCCAGUGGCUUCCCUUCUGAGGAGUUCAUCGAUCGGCUUGACACGAGCAGCUGCAGUACCCCAUUUGUAUAGAUGUCAGAGUAACACAGCAACCACUGAAACAAAGCCAACUGUGCGGCCAGUAAAUGCCGUUUGUCAAUCCCAGUUGCAGGAAUUUGGCGCCUAUAUAGUAGAAAACCUCCCUAAGUAUGUUCAGCGGGUUGAGGUUUCCCAUGGUGAUGAACUCGAGAUAAUGAUUUGUCCGGAUGGGAUUGUGCCUGUGCUUAGCUUUCUAAAGGACCAUCACAGUGCACAGUUCACGAACAUUGUUGACAUCUGUGGCGUCGACAUCCCAACACGCGAAAACAGAUUUGAGAUUGUAUAUCAUCUGAGAUCUCUCCGGUACAGCUCCGUUGUUCGAGUGAAAACUUACACAGAUGAGCUAACCCCAAUAGAUUCUUGUUGCUCUGUGUUCGCUGGAGCCAACUGGUAUGAGAGGGAGAUUUUCGACAUGUUUGGAGUGUUCUUUUCAAAUCACCCAGAUUUGAGACGAAUUUUGACUGAUUACGGCUUUGAGGGACAUCCAUUUAGGAAAGAUUUUCCAGUCAGUGGAUAUGUGGAGGUUCGUUAUGACGACGAAGCCAAGCGAGUAGUUAUAGAACCACUGGAGCUAGCGCAGGAAUUCCGCAAGUUUGACUUGCACAGCCCAUGGGAGAUGUUCCCUGCAUUCGCCGAGAGAAACCAGAAUGUGGCAGCAGUUGACCAGCAGGAACCAAAGGCAGAUGAGAAAAAAUGAGCGUACAUGAACAGUACAUGCUUGCCACUCCACAUUGAUAAUUUAUGUAUUCUUUAAAUGUUGGUGUACUAAAGUAGUAAUGCAAAUGUUGUUUCGCAACUAAUGCAAAUUUUACAUGUAGAUAGUAGAUGCCGUAGAGAAAAGAGUUUAAACUCAUUGGUGUGAAGCGUUGGUGGAAUAAUUGAGACGUUUAUUGCUGAUCUGAUUAUUUCUCAAAUAGGUUCUGCGUUUGUUGUUGCUAGUUUACUGCUUUUGUCAUCUAGCUGUCCGUGCCACACGAAUAGCUAUGAAUGCACAAAUGAUGUAAAAUAAAGAAACUGCAAAGUACUCAUAUACCAAA